AUGGGCAAGAGCAAGAUGGACGCGGCGGCCGCGGCCCGCAUCUGCAAGGCUCGCGGUGAGAAGGACCCCUUCGCCCAGCGCGCUGCCGCCGCAGCCCAGCGUAACAGCCUGGGCGCAGCCCUCAGCGGCAGCGAAAACGUCGUUGGCAUCGGCGGGGACGGCAGCAGAAAUGCCGGCAACGUCGGUGGCAGUGGAACAACCAGCAAGGCUUUGGCUGUUGGACGGCGCUGA